CGACGGUCCUCCCUAUUGUUGUUCCCUUCCCUCGCCCCCAAUGAGUCUCUCUCCGAUCUCCGUUUUUUAUCUCCCCUCCAUCUUCCCCACCUUCUAGCAGUCCGAUAUCCAUCCUCGCCCUUCCUACUGUCUAAUGACCCUUGCUGUCCCCGACAUUCAUCCCCCACACUGGGAACUGUGGCGCGAAGACUUCGUCGAGCUUUCACUGUGCUUGAUCGAGGUACGGCUAACGUGGACCGAGGACGAGGCGCGCCCGCCUUGCAUAGAGCGCCUGAAGUUGCUGUUCAUCCAGGCUUGGCGAACCAACGUCGAGGGAAAACUCCUCGCGUUUCUGUUCGGUACAGUACGGCCCGGACAUCAGGAACUCAUCGCACAAGAGCUCGCGAUCCCGGUAGCGCAGCUGGCGGACGAUCUCCCUCUCGACGUCAUCUCGCAAGACGACAAGCACCCGAUUCCUCAUGUGCUUUCUCGCACGUUGACGUCGUAUCUCCAGUGGUCGGCUUGUGUGGAGGGAGCCGCAGAGCGCAUCCCGCCGUCGCAGCAGCAGUAUUUGGAUCCCCGGAGGGUUUGUGAUCCUGCCUUCUUCAAGCAUCCAACGACAGAGCAGCUUGCUGCCAUUCGAGAGGAAGAAGAGGAGGAAGAAAGCACUGAGAGUGACGAAGGAGAAGACGAGCGGGAAGAAAGUGGGGAAAGCGACGAAGUACUCGGGGAAGAGGACGAAACCCCCGAAGAAGGAAGCUAUAGCGAGCAUAGCGAGGGGGAGCAGAGCGAAGAAGAAGAAGAAGACGACGAAGGAGAAGAGGAGAACGAAGAAGGACCUGCGGAAUCGGAGUGGGAAGCAGUGUCGGAAGAAGUGCUGCGCACGGGCACGGAGGCUGAAGAUCCGAAGGCGGCCCGCAAAGGAGAAGAAACCGAGGUCGGAAAGAGGGAACUAGAGUUUGCGAGCGGGGCAAGCUUGCACGUCCACGACGACCCAAACCAAGAUCCGGAGCCGCCCCGACCAGAACAUGGCGACCUCAUGGCCACGACUCCGACCCCAUCAACGCGGCGACGGAGCCGAUCCCCCUCCUCCCCAACCCGUCCCCCAGUUCGCCGACGUACCGAUACGGGCGAUCGGCCUUCGUCCCCGAUUACUCUCUCGCCGUCCUCUUGACUACCUCACCCUCUGCCAGCUCACCACCCCCAUCACGUUCCCCUCCAACCCGUUUCCCCGCGAUACCUUCCG